AUGGCAGAAUCGGUUGGCGUAUCCUGUCCGCUUCCCAGUGAACAAGACAAUGUAGAGCAGGCCAAAGGAAAUCCUGCUCUUGACUCGUCGACUUUCAUUCCACCGGUUCCAUUGGCGUCGCCUGGCAUUAUCAUAGAAUUCUGCGACCGAUGUCGAUGGCUCCAUCGAGCGACCUGGGUUUCCACAGAGCUGUUCCUUACGUUCCCGCCUCCAGCCUUGAAGGCAAUAUCCAUAAUUCCUCUGAACUCCGAGGAAACUGGAGGUCGUUUCAGGGUCUGGCUCAACCUCGAAGACAGUCCCCCCCAAUUGAUGUGGGACAGGAAGAUCGAGGGUGGUUUCCCUGAACUGAAAGGUUUGAAGCAGCGUAUCCGCGACCACGUACAACCUGGGAAAUCUUUAGGUCAUUCUGAUAACAAGAGCGAAUGA